GAGUCUGCAAGAGAAGCUUCUGGGAGGAGAGAAAAAGGCUAGGAGGAGAGAAGCAGGGCGCUGAGUUGAGCAUGCAAUCUGUCCAUCUUACAGACAACAGAAGGAUUGAAAGACACUGAAGAAAGGAUGAAUCUGAUAAGGAGAGAGCUCUUGUGUGCACUGCUGCUCUGUGGAGCGGUCCUCACCUUGUCUAGCCAGGAAAUCCACUCCCGAUCCAGAAGAGGUGCUAGAUCCUUCAGAGGGACCUGCAGAGAUGAGAAAACACAGAUGAUUUACGAGCAGCGUGAGUCAUGGCUCCGUCCCAUGCUCAGGGGCAACCGGGUGGAAUAUUGCUGGUGCAACAGUGGCAGGUCACAGUGCCACUCAGUGCCUGUGAAAGGCUGCACCCAGCCAAGGUGUCUCAACGCGGGAACGUGCUGGCAGGCUCUGUAUUCCUCAGACUUUGUGUGCCAGUGCCCCGAAGGCUUUGUUGGGAAGCGCUGUGAAAUAGAUACCAGAGCCACAUGCUACAAGGGCCAGGGCAUCAACUACAGGGGCACAUGGAGUACAGCAGAAAGUGGGACCGAGUGCAUCAACUGGAACAGCAGUGCACUGGCACUGAAGCCCUAUAGUGGGCGGAGGCCCGGAGCCAUCAAGCUUGGCCUUGGGAAUCACAACUACUGCAGAAACCCAGACCGAGACUCAAAACCCUGGUGUUAUGUCUUUAAGGCGGGGAAGUAUAUUGCAGAGUUCUGCAGCACACCAGCCUGUUCCAGGGAAGUAAGUGAGCACUGUUACACUGGAAAAGGGUUAACCUACCGUGGCACCCACAGCCAUACCACGUCUGGGGCCUCUUGCCUCCCAUGGAAUUCCAUGAUCUUGAUAGGCAGGAGUUACACAGCAUGGAAGAGCAACUCACAGGCCCUGGAUCUGGGCAAACAUAACUACUGCCGGAAUCCAGAUGGAGAUGUGAAGCCCUGGUGCUAUGUGCUGAAGGAUCGGAAGCUGACAUGGGAAUACUGCGACCUGCCCCAGUGCUCCACCUGUGGCCUGAGACAGUACAAGCAGCCUCAGUUCCGCAUUGCAGGAGGGCUUUUCACUGACAUUUCCUCACACCCAUGGCAGGCUGCUAUCUUUGUCAAGAACAAGAGGUCCCCAGGAGAGCGGUUCCUGUGUGGGGGUGUGCUGAUCAACUCCUGCUGGGUCCUGUCUGCUGCCCACUGCUUUCUGGAGAGCUUUCCUUAUGAGCACCUUACAGUGGUCUUGGGCAGAACAUAUCGGCUGGUGCCUGGAGAGGAAGAGCAGAACUUUGAAGUAGAAAAAUACAUUGUCCAUAAAAAGUUUGAUGAUGACACUUAUGACAAUGACAUUGCGCUACUGCAGCUGAAGGCCAAUUCUGGGCAGUGUGCCCAGGAGAGCAGCUCCGUCCGCCCCAUCUGUCUCCCGGACCCCAACCUACAGCUGCCCGACUGGACAGAAUGUGAGCUGUCUGGCUAUGGCAAGCACGAGGAGUCUUCUCCUUUCUACUCUGAGCGUCUGAAGGAAGCCCAUGUCAGACUGUACCCAUCCAGCCGCUGUACAUCACAGCAUUUGUUCAAUAGAACUGUCACAGGAAACAUGUUGUGUGCGGGUGACACUCGAAGUGGAGGAAAUCAGGCAGUGCUGCACGAUGCCUGCCAGGGUGAUUCAGGAGGCCCCCUGGUAUGUGAGAAGGAUAAGCGCAUGACCUUGGUCGGCAUCAUCAGCUGGGGCCUUGGCUGUGGGCAGAAGGACAUCCCAGGGAUAUACACCAAGGUCACUCAUUACCUUGACUGGAUUCAAGACAAUAUUGAGCCAUGACAUAGAAAACCUAGUUUCUUGGAACCCAAGGAGAUCUUGCCAUCCCCCUCUUCAGGAGACCCUGUGCAAGGAUCAAGUGCUUCUUCUCCAAGCCAGUUUUCCCAGAAAUCACCACACAGUAGCAGGAGAGGAGCCGUAAGAAAGGACAGAGUAUAUAUCUUUCAUAGGUACUUUACAUUUUGGAAGCUUUCAGAAUAUAUUCUGUUAGAUGAGAAGACAUCAAUAAAUGCCCACCCCUCUCAGAAUCCCAUUGUAUACAGCAGAAUGUAACUAAGGCUUACUCUUUUAUUUGGUUGUAAAAAGCUUUGGAAAUUGGAUCCCAAAAAUUAAAACACUCUCAAUGGUAAAAAUACUAGAUAGUUCUGGAAGGAAAGGCUGUAAUAAAAUGUAUGUUUAUAGUCACAAGAGAGAUGGACAGAGCUCCAAAUAAGAGAUGAACUGGCUGGCCAGUUCAUGUUCCCAAACCAAGCAUCCUUGAUCAAAUAUUCUUCCAGCUUUCCACUCUACCACUCAGGUGGUAAUCUUUGGGUGUACAGUGUAAAUCUUUUUUCUUCAUAAACUUUAUAGUUGAGUAGGAGUAUUUUAAAUUGAUAAAAUAGACUCUAUAUAGGUCCAUUUUAUUUUUUACUUUCUGCUACCACAAUGUUGUAUUAUACUGUAUUUAAAUAAAUUCAGAUGUAUUUUUCACAUUUUUCUCAAA